UCAGUCCGGCGGCCUACAAUCUGGACCUGUGCCAGAGUAAGGCCAACCCUGAUCCACAUUCAUGAUUGAACACUUAUCAUGUGGUUCUCUCUCUCUGAAUUAAACAAGGAAGUGAUUAGGCUCAUGGUAUAGUGCAGCUCCAACCUAAGUAACCGGUGAAUGCCAAUGAGCAGCAGAUUGUCCACCGGCUCGGGCCAUAUAAAAACAUUUCCCCGUCCAUGGCACCAGUAGCCUUGGAGCUGUUUCCAUUCACUGACCGAGGAGGCGCUUUCAGCCACAUGGAGCAGGACUUGGCUGCGCUCGACUCGGCACAUACAUUCCGGUCAGACUUCGCUAUCUAAAAGGGAAUGUAAAACAGGAGCUGGCAGCAGCGGUCGCAAAUCGCAGACAGAGCAGAGCUGCACUGCACUUGACUCUUUGGCUCCAUGGCUCAGCGCUCAGCUCACCCUGCCGCCCUCAUCGCGCUGCUGCUCUUCGGACUUGUUGCCAUCCUGCUCCUGACUAUCCCCACCGAGGACGUUCAGGAGCCACCGGGGUUCAUGUAUGGGAUUGUCUUGGAUGCUGGAUCUUCGCACACUGCUUUGUAUAUAUACAAGUGGCCAGCAGAUAAGCAGAAUGGCACAGGCGUAGUCACCCAGCACAGUGAAUGUCAUGUUAAGGGUGGAGGGAUCUCCAGCUAUGCAGCCAAACAGGGAGCAGCAGCGCAGAGCUUGGAGACAUGUCUGGACCAGGCAGUGAAGGACAUCCCUAAAGAAAGACACCAGCUCACACCUGUGUACCUGGGAGCCACAGCUGGCAUGAGGCUUCUGCACAUCUCAAGUCCAGAGCUGGCAGCUCAGAUUCUGCAGGAAGUGGGCUACAAAAUCCAGUCCUACCCUUUCAGCUACCAGGGGGCGGCCAUACUGAGUGGUCAGGAGGAGGGGGCAUAUGGCUGGGUCACCGUCAACUAUCUCUUAGAGAACUUUAUAAAGUAUGGUUUUGUGGGGCGCUGGUUCAGCCCCGGCAGGCCCACAGUGGGAGCGCUUGAUUUAGGCGGGGCAUCCACCCAGAUAACAUUUGCUACUCAGGAGGAAGUAGAAGACGGACACGACAUGAUGAAGCUGCAUCUUUAUGGGCAGAAAUACUCUCUGUACACACACAGCUUCCUGUGCUACGGCCAGGACCAGGUCCUCAAGAGGCUGCUGGCGCAUAUAGUGAAGUCUCAGGGCUACUCAGAGUCAGUCACUCACCCCUGCUAUCCUGCAGGCCACAAUCGAACUUUAAAGUUGAACAGUAUAUUCAAUUCUCCGUGUACAGCGGAGUACAAACCCAGCUCCUACAACUCCCAGGCCUCCCUGACAGUACAAGGCAGCGGACAUUAUGAACACUGUCUGAGCAACGUGUCUGAGAUCUUCUCCUUCGACAGCUGCCCUUUCUCCCAGUGCUCCUUUGAUAAAGUCUUCCAGCCCAAUGUCACCGGCAGCUUCAUGGCGUUCUCUGCAUUCUUUUACGUUCACUCCUUCCUGCAGCACACCACCGGUAUCACUGUGAAAACUCCUUCACAACUGGAGGAGGCAGCCCAAACUGUGUGCACGAUGACUUUCAACCAACUGCUGCUUCUGGCUCCACAGCAAAAGUCUCGUUUGCAGGACUACUGUGCUUCCUCUGUGUUUGUUAAGAUUCUCAUGUUGAGAGGUUACAGCUUCGAUGAGACGUCGUUCCCACGCAUUUCCUUCCAGAAGAAGGCAGGGGACGCCUCGGUGGGUUGGGCUCUGGGCUACAUGCUGAGUCUGAGCAGUUUGCUGCCGGCAGAGACGGUGGGGCUGAGGAAGGCCCUGACCCCGGGAGCGUGGGGAACACUUCUCUUUCUCUUUGUCCUCCAGCUUACAGCGGUCCUGGUCUUUAUCUUACUCCGUGCUUGUGCUGGGAAGAAGAAAGGAGGCAGUGAAAGCACCAUCUAGAUACUGUAACAAACAUACAGUGCAGUCAGAAAACAGUAAGAUGGUCAUAGGUUUUUGUUCGU